AUGUCGUCUGCAACCACCUUUUACGAUUUUGAACCGGUAGAUAAGAAGGGAUCCCCUUACCCCCUCGCCUCCGUCAAAGGCAAAGUCGUCCUUGUCGUUAACACCGCCUCCAAGUGCGGUUUCACCCCACAAUUCGAGGGCCUCGAGACUCUCUACCAAAACAUUAAGACAAAACACCCCGAUGAUUUCCUCAUCCUCGGCUUCCCCUGCAACCAGUUCGGCAGCCAGGACCCCGGUUCGAACGAUGAGAUCCAGUCGUUCUGCCAGCUGAAUUAUGGUGUCACUUUCCCUGUACUAGGUAAGCUGGACGUGAACGGAGAUCAUGCGGCGCCCGUUUGGACCUGGAUGAAGGAGCAGCAGCCUGGAUUGCUGGGCCUGAAGCGCAUCAAAUGGAACUUUGAGAAGUUCCUCAUCUCGGCGGAUGGCAAGGUUGCCGGCCGCUGGGCGAGUACCACCAAGCCGGAAUCGCUGCAGGGCACGAUUGAGAAGGAGAUCGAGAAGGCGAAGAAGGAGGGUACCCUGGCUUCGGCGCAGGGCAAUGAGACUAUGGCAAAGCUGGCAUAG